AUGAAUCGCACGCUGGUCGAGUGUGCGCGUUGCAUGAUGGAACACGCUGGACUGGGAAAGAGCUACUGGGGUGAAGCAGUGAUGACGGCGAUGUUUCUUCGAAACCGCUGUCCAACACGUGCCAUUCACCAAGACAAGUCUCCAUAUCAAGUGUGGACGAUGAAGAAACCGAUUCUGGCCAACCUUAAAGUGUUUGGAUGCCACGCGUAUGUUCAAGUGCCUCAAGACAAACGCGCGAAGUUCGACUCCAAGUCAUCACUCUGUCGUUUCCUGGGAUACGCCGAACACCAGAAGUCAUAUCGAUUUGAGGAAGUGUCAACAGGAGCGAUCAAGAUCAGUCGCGAUGCCACAUUCAUGGAAGACAAGUUUGAUGAAGGUCCGCGCAACUACAACGAUGAGUCGAGUGUCGUUGAGUUUGAUGAUCAUGAUGAGGACGAAGAAAAAGAAGAAGGUAAAACUGACGACGACAUGGACUCGAGCGACGAUGACAACGAAGACACCAGGUCUUCGAAGAGCAACAUCAAGAGACACACGCGCACUCAAUCACUUGAGAAAGCUACCGUCAUUCCAAGUCCCAAGCGAAGAACAUACAGAGGUCCGUCGCUUGAGCAUGUGUCAGCGGCUGCAAUGGAUUUUGAAGCAGCCUACAUCGUUGAUUCAGUGGGGGAAACGCCGACUACAUUCAAGUCGGCGAUGGAAUCAAGCGACUCCGGCAAGUGGAAAGAAGCGUGUGACUCGGAGUUCGAUUCGCUUCAGAGAAACGACACGUGGGAAAUCGUGCCUCUUCCGAAAGGUCGCAAGGCCAUCGGGUGCCGAUGGGUUUUUCGUGUAAAGGAGAAUCAAGAUGGCGAAGUUGAACGUUUCAAGGCAAGACUUGUGGCCAAAGGAUUCUCACAGAAAUUCGGAGUUGACUAUGAAGAAACUUUCGCACCGGUGGCCAAGUUCACAUCGAUUCGUGUGGUGCUCAGUAUGGCGGCCAAGUACGGCCUAAUGCUACAUCAGAUGGACGUCAAGACAGCGUUUCUUAACGGCUCCCUCAACGAAGACAUCUACAUGGACCAGCCGGACGGAUACCUGGAUGCAACACAGCCGGACUAUGUGUGCAAGCUAAAGAGAUCACUCUACGGCUUGAAGCAAUCGCCUCGCAUGUGGAACCAAACAAUCGAUGGGUUCAUGAUCAAGAUGGGAUUCAAGAAGUGCGAAUCGGACCACUGCAUCUACAUCAAGCGAGACGACCAAGACAUGAUUCUCGUGGUGCUCUACGUCGAUGAUCUCAUCCUGGCCAGCAGCAACAACGAACUCCUCAAGUCAACCAAGAUGGCGCUGAGCAAACGCUUCGAAAUGACGGAUCUCGGUGAGCUCGAUUACUUUCUCGGCACGGAGAUCAAGAACGACCGUAAGACGGGAAUGGUGACUGUACAACAAACCAAGUUUCUCAAGUCCGUGUUAACCAAGUUCGGAAUGGAUAACAGCAAGCCAGUGAAGACGCCUCAAGAUCCCGGCCUGAAGCUAACCAGGAACAUGUGUGAACAAGAAUGCAAGCACGAAGACACCAUGUGCAACGUGCCAUAUCGAAGUGCUGUCGGAGGCAUCAUGUAUCUCAUGGUCGCCACACGUCCGGAUCUAGCUGCUGCAGUGGGAUCAUUAUCCCAGUUCUCGUCCGACCCAUGCCCGACUCACUGGCAAGCUUUGAAGCGUGUGCUGAGAUACCUGCAAGCAACGCCCAAUCAUGGUCUUGAGUUUACACGUGAAGAAGGAAGCCGUAUCUGCGGGUACACCGACGCAGACUGGGCCGGCGACAUUGAGUCAAGACGAAGUACAAGCGGCUAUGUGUUCAUGAUGAGCGGAGGAUGCAUCAGCUGGAAAAGCCAGAAACAACGGACGGUCGCGCUAUCUUCAACAGAAGCAGAAUACAUGGCGCUUUCCGAAGCAACCAAAGAAGCAGUAUGGCUCAAAGUGCUUUUGGGGAACUUGGUGAGAUGA